AUGCGAACAACAACGACAUUCUGCUUAGCACUUGUAACCCUCUUGGCCUACUGUAGGAGUAUCAAUAGCGCUCCAAUUGUAGAAGAACCCCCGCCGGAGUACAUCGACCCUGUAUUGCAUAUUGAAGAAACCCCGGAAGGUUACAUCACUUAUAAGGAUCGACAAAUCGAUGAAAAAGAGGAUAAGAAGAAAUGCAUUCCACGUGAGUAA